AUGUUUCGUAAACAAGAACAUGGCUGCUCAGACUGUGACAUUCGAUGUUUUGGUGUAAAGCGGUACUUUCGUAAUCCUUAUUAAAAUAAUCGGGAUGGAAAAGUUAAGUGAUGAAAUCUUAGUAAGGAUUUUUAGUUUCUUAUCUGCUCGAGAUCUUUGUAGGUGCUCCCAGGUGAGAAAUAUGGUUAGUUGUUUGAUAUUUCCAGCAUACGGUGUCUCUCACUGAAAGUUUAAAUUUAUCGGAGAUGUUGAACAUGUACCGUAAUUAUUGUUUUACUUUAGGUUUGCUCUAGUUGGUGUCGUCUUUCAGACGAUUUUCAUUUGUAUCCUUUCCGCGGUUUAUUUCUCAGUUCAGGAACAGCUGGACAUUUAACGCUUCAGACAAGCUCAAGAUGACGAAACACUUCUUCUGUUGUUUCGCGUAAAUCUGUUUUCACUUAUUAUCGAUUUACUUGACGUAUUUUUUAAGCUUAUAUCGUAGUCAAGGUUACUAUUUAACUUUAGGACAGGUCACUUUAUCCUACCUUCGUUAAAUAGUCUAUACUCAUUAACCAAAGUAAUAAAAGGCUGCACUUUCCUUAAUAAACAACUACCCGUUUAUUUACAGAUGGAAAAAGUUGUUUAUAGAAUCAUUUGACAAAUUCAUUUCUGAUUCUUCCUACUAUAAGAAUUUGUUUCCAACCCAGUGGAAAGAAUUGUUUAUUACUCGGUCAAACUGGUUAAGUGGACACUGUCAUGUUCAAAGUCUUCAUAAAAAGGCAAUGAACCAAGAAAAAACUGAACCCACCAAAGUUGUGUGCUUGAAAAUAUCAAACUGUGGUGGGAGUGUUUUAGCAAGCGUCAACCAAGACUCAAAGUUGGUUCAUAUGUGGAGUUUGAUUCACAAGAAGUCUCUUCAUGUUGUACAGUGUGAAAGUGUUAUUGGUUGUGUAGACUUUGGAAAUGAACGCUCACAAAACCUUCUGGCUAUUGGUCUCUAUAGAAACAAGGUAAGAAUAUGUUUUAUUUGAGAUAAAAGAUAAAGUUUUGUAAUAACCUUUUGAAUGAAAGACUGUAAGCAUAACUUUAAUGGAAUUAUUCUGUCUUCCCAGUACAUGUUUAAAAUAUCAGUCAUGCUAUAUAUUAACUAAAUUUAAAAAUUGAAACUUAUUGUUUCCUAGUUCAUUCUUUGGGACUUCCACAAGAGAAGGAUUAUCCUAAGCAGAACAAAUAUAACAGAAGUGGCAAGGGAUCAAAUAGAGAGUCCAAGAGAUACUGGUUUCCCACCUGCUAUGGCUGUGUGUCGGGUCAAUCUGGUGGAUAAUAAACUUGCUACUGUUACUUCUCAGUGUGUUGUCAAAGUGUGGCACUUGGAUCUUAAUCAGCUGGGACCAAUAUCUUGUACUUGUUUGCAUACCCUUGCAACCUUUAAACCAAGGUAAAUAUUGAAGUUGUAUCAUCUUGAGAAAGAAGUCUCUGGGAUGUCUUUAAACACCCCUUUUUUAAAUCAUAGGCUUUUUCUUGAAAUUUUUCUAAUUAAGAGUAAUUAAAGACAGGCAAUUAUUGUGCCAUUGACAUGUCCUAUGAUUAAAGAAAAAGUUAUGGUUUAGACUUAAAUGAUACUUAGAUUCAGCAAAAUUGUAGCAUUUCUUUUCCUUCAUGAUAACAUGUCACUUGCUCUAUAUUGGUAAAGUACAAUUCAUAUUUAUUUAGAAACAUUUCAACUUAAAGCUAAUUACAACUUAGUUAUGUUCUUGUUUUCUUUUCACCUUUAGGUGUUCUGUUCUAGACAUUCAACUGAAGAAUGGAGGGAAUGAUGUCUGGUCUGUGUCCAUUUCACAUGCUGCAGAAGUUCUAGAAAACUGGAAUCUCAUUGGUUUUCAGGUGCAAGGAAACUUUUAAUUGCUCUCAACUGUUAUUUUGAACAUAGGGUUACAGACCCUCUUGCCUGUCUACCAUCCCACUUUCAUGGCACAAUUGUGAAUCUUCUAUUAAUUAUGAAUUAUCAGGGAUUAAUAAGCUAUGGACCUAUUCAGUGAUACAUGUGGAAAUUUUCCACUUUGGUCAUUUAUAGAGAACAUGUUAAUUAAUCCCAAACAGUACAAGAAGUCAAAAUUAGAUUGAUUGACAAGAAAGUUGCAAAAAGUAGAGCAGUAAAAAAAUGGCAAACAGAUGGCAAUAAGUAGGAACAUUCUGCCUCUGCCCAAUCAGUGUUUGAAGGAGAACGUUAGGAACAAAAACACUCAACAAAGCACAAAUAACUUGAUGAAAGUCUGAAAGUCUAUGGCUUCUCAAAACAGCUAUGUUAAAGUAUUGAAAAGUAUGUAGAGGAGACUCUGCACAAAUUCUUCAGGAGUUUUAUGCAACAGAUAACAGAAAAGAGGGAUAGAUAGUGAACCUUAUUACUCUAAACCUACUGAAUGGUACCCUACAGAGAAAGAGGACAAACACUUUUUUAUUUUCAAUGAAGAGUUAAAAAGCUUAAAGGAAAUUCAUAAGGCAAUAGCCCAGCUUCUGUGACAAUAAAGCAGAGCAGAGGAAAGUACGUAGGGUCAAUUUUUUUACAUUUUGGUUUUUUAAAAAGUAAUUUCAUGGCUGAUUUUGUGAAAUGUGGGAUAAAUGAGCACUGGUAAAUGUUUUGUAUCCUUUAAAAAAUUUACUUGCGAUGAUUUUCAUCAGACUGUAAGAUUUCAAGGUCAUUCACUCAUUGAGGAAGAUCCUGGAGUCACUUUUGAGGAAGGUAAUACAGUUCAUGAUAUGAUAUGGUUUGACAUCCAAGAGUCCUUUUCUUCUCUUUUUAUUCUUAAUUUUGAGUCAAUGUUAUUCAUAGACAAUAACUGCUUAAUAAUAGUUAUAUUCCCCCCUGUUGAAGAAUCUGUUGAUGAUGAAGACGAUUGUGUAACAGCCAAAAUGCAAACAUGGACAGGAAUACAAAAAGAGGUAAGAAGUUAUCUCUGGAAAAAAAAGCUGAUUUUUUAAUUGACAAACGUCACUGGCAAGUUAUUGUUUAACCAGUUGCUAAGCUCACCCUCAAAAUGGUUCAAGUUAUAUUUUAUAACAAUGGAUUGUUGUCUCUCUUUACAGCAAAUGGGCUCCAGAACAUUUGUAUCUUGCCUGUCCAUCAGUCCUUGUACAAAACUGGUCACUUCUGGACAAAAUGACAACACUAUUACACUUUGGGACACUGCUACUCAAUGUUCUAGGCACAUUCUAUUUGGACACACAGGUAUUUGUAAUACUUUAUUGCACUGGACAUUGGUAAACCUCAAGUAAACUUAGAAAUCAUCUUAACUUUUUAAGUUAUUACAAACUUGGCUAAAACCCAAUUCCACAGCCAGUGACUUAGUUUUUGUGUGAAUACUAUUUAGUUAAGCUUAUGAUAAGUUGUUAAAUGAUGGAAGAGUGUAACAUUUAACUACAAUGAUGGAAGAGUGUAACUCUUAACUAAUUAUUGUUAUUAUUAACAAUAAUGCUGGUCAGGUGCUGUGACGUGUACAGAUGUAGAUAUGCAUAAGGUUGUUAGUGGAUCAAAUGACAGAACUGUUAAGGUAACAUGUGUGCAUUUUGAUAUAUUAAGCAUUCAUUUACCAUGUUUCUUCUUUCUAAAUUUCAAGUGCUGGUGAUUUUUGGUGUAAUUGGGUACUGUAAGAUGUUCCGUGUUGCAUCUGUUCAGUGAUGCAUCACAGGUGACAUCAAUUUUGGGGUCAGUAGUAUUAGAGAAAGCCAUUUCCAUUUGUGGAUAUUAGUAAAUAAACCACUGGGAAAUUCAACCAUUUUUGAUGUUUAAAGAUUCUAACUUCAUGCACAACCAGUCAUAAACAACUUCAGGAACAUUUUUCUUAAGUUUACAAACUUUAUUUACAGACUUCAUUUUUAGUCAGGACCAGCCACUUGUAAAGAACAUCAUGAUUAUAACCUUUGUUCAUUUUUGUUCCAGCCAUUCAGACAAUUUUUUUUCGGUAAAUAUAGGUUUGGUCCUUAGAAAAUGGUGAUUGUCAGUUAACCCUUCCUGGUGAUCAUACUUCUGGAGUCUCUUGUGUUACAUUCAAUGAUCAGUGGGUUAUUAGUGGUGACUCUUCUGGAGAGAUCAAGGUAAACUAUUAUCAUCAUGGUAAUUUUUUGUCUAGCACUAACUCAGAAGCUUUUUAUCUUAGUUUGUUCUCAUCAUUAUUAUUUCCAUCAAAUGAAUAAAGGGGGUAAGUUUCUAAAGAAACUGUGGAUCUGUGUUAGUGAGAGAGUAUAACAGGGUAAUUUAGUAUUAUCAUUACUGAGCUGAUAAUGUAAAUUGUCCUCCUUAAAGAGUCUUAGUGCUGAUGUUUCGAGCAUUAUCCCUUUGUCAGAGCAAAGGACUAAUGCUCUAAAUUUCAGCUUUGAGACUUUUUGUGGUGGCUAAUCUAAGUUGUUAUUUUCACCAUUCCUGUUAUAAUCUUCCAUAGAUCAUUUUUGUCUCUAUCAUACACAAUCCUUCAUUCUCAAUUUUUUAUUAAUACCCACUUGUUUCUUUUAUGUAAAUUAUUUUUCUGGUCUGUAGGUGUGGGAUUUUGCUGUUAACAGUCUGUCUGUAUUGCAAAGUUAAGACCUGCCAUCACAACAAAAUCAAGUUCUUCGACAUCAGAUAUGUAUCUUUGAUCAAAAAGAUAGGGAAGCUUUUCAGUUCAAUUUAUUUAUUACUCCAGACCUAUUAGCCCUUAAGUUGUAACCCUUGUUUAUAAAUUUGAACUGACACAGUUAUCAAUAGGACUAUUUGUUUUUAUUAAUACCUUUUAGACAAAAAAUAAAACAUUUAAUUGAAUAGGAGCAGAACUAAAUAGCAUUUCAAUUUCAAAUUUUUAUGAUUUUGCCCAUAGACAAUACAUAUGUAAUGCAAAUACUACAAUCUAUACAUCAUAAUACAACAGUAUAGUUUUAACAAUUUUUAAUUCCUAGUAUUAUCUAGGAUUAUUGUUGAUAAAUUGUUUCUUACAUUUUUAAUCAAGGUUUGUUCAGUAUCUUUCUUUCCAUUUAUAAUAAACUAGUGUUACUUCAGAAGCAGAACAUAGCAAUUUAGUUAAGCUAGGGGUACUUUUAGUAUAGUGAAGAACAAGCUACAUUUAUUUGUUGAGAAAAGAAAACAGAAUUUAUAUGUGGCUCCUUAGAAGGAUUAUUAUAAGUCUCUUUUUCUUUGAUAAGUAUAACAAGUAUCCAUAAGUUUUCUUUUCUGAAUAUUCUUUGUUUAUUCAAAUUAUAUAUGUAUAUAUCAUGGAGAGAGAGAUAUAUAUUUAUAUAAUAAGCUCAGUUAUGCACUCAUUCUGAUUGGUUCUCACUUAUGAUCUGUUGGAGGACAGACAUAUAGAUGAUGUCAUCAUUGAAACUUUUUUAAAUUCUUUUUUAUAUAAAACAAAUAGAUUCCAAGUUGCUGUGCAUCUGUUC